AUGGCCAGCGCUGGUGAAUUCAAGGUACAUAUUGUCGAUAUUAGUCUCUGGAUUAGAAGAUGCAAAAUAAGUCCCACCGCACUGUUGGCGCACAGUAAAACACUCCAGACUGGUACGGCAAAAUAUCCAAUCACACGAGUGGAGCUGAAAACAUUCACACUACCCUCUGGAAUACGUAACAAGACUUUGGACAAUAUGUUUCUCGGCCAAGUGCCGAAACGCAUCAUAGUGGGAAUGGUUACGAAUGCCGCAUACAAUGGAGAUUUUAAAAAGAAUCCCUACAACUUCGAACAUUUUAAAACAAACUUCUUUUGUCUAUAUGUUGACGGAGAACAAGUUCCAUCAAAACCAUUACAGCCCCACUUUGAAAAAUCAAAGGAUAAAUAUGUUAUGGCAUAUCAUUCGAUGUUCUCCGGUUCUGGUGUACAUUUUAGCGAUGCCGGCACCGUUAUCAGUAGGGAAGACUUUGGACAAGGAUACUGUCUGAUGGCAUUCGACCUAACUCCAGACUUAUCUGCAAGUGACACAACACAUUGGAAUCUGGUGCGUAACGGUAGUGUUCGAAUGGAACUCGGAUUCGACGACGCGCUUCCCGAAACUGUCAACUGUUUGGUUUAUGCCGAGUUUGACAAUGUCAUCGAGAUUGAUCGACAACGCAAUGUAAUUGUGGACUUUGGCGGUUAA